AGGUAAUCAGUUCGUCAUUUCGUUCGAGACAUUAUCUAGCUACAGAGGUGGUUUAUCGCCUGCCAUUCGAGCAGUGAUCUCGGUGUGGAUGAAAAAUAAUGUCCGCUACGAAUCGUAAACAAUAGCGACAGAUUUUUCUCUGUGUACAAAAUCAUAGAUCAUGAUUUCUCUUAAAUACUUUUCCUUGUACGUCGUAGUUCUGAUAGUCGUUGGAUAUCGGUCAAAUUAUGUGUGCGGAGCUGGAGCGAACUGCAGCAGUUAUCGGAAAGGGGAUAAUUUAUGGAAACCUCGAUGCACCGACGACGAUUAUUGGGAAGCCGUUCAGUGCAAGGGUGAAAAACUCAACGGCAGGUGCUUUUGCUACAGUGCCGAGGGUAGCAGAAUAUAUGGUUCGGAAUGGUGGAGGUCUGCAGAAAAUAUGACUUGCGCGUGCAGUCGGUGGAGAGAAACUCUUGAGAAGGCUGGAAGAACGGAUAUAUCUUUACACUGUACAAGCGAAGGUAAUUACGAAGAGUUGCAAUGUGACUCUGGACUGUGCUGGUGCGUCGAACCAAAAUCUGGGAAACCAACGCAAAGGGUUUAUCCCGAAUCAAUGAUGACAUACCUUCCCUGCUACAACGCAACUCUCGUUGGAUCUCAAUAUCUUCGACAAUGUGAAAGCAAGAUGGUAGCACGUGCAAGAGUUUUAAAAAAACUCGCGACUCACGGUCGUCAUUACGCACAUAUUGAUGCUGUCAAUUGCGAAGGCGAUGGUAGUUAUGGCCACUACAGGCUCGCUGGCACACAGAUCUACUGUACUUCGAAGGAUAACAAACAAAUCUCAACCUAUCAGACCGAACUCUCAAACAUCCUUGUAACCAACUGCAACUGCGCGCGAGAUAUAGGUAUAUUCGGUGAGGCAAAUGUGGAGUUUACUCUAACUUGUGACGGCGGAGGGAAUUAUGCGCCAACUCAAAAUAGUAAUGGAUAUCCGUUCUGUGUAGAUAGCGACGGAUUUGCGACGACAAAUUUCGGAUCUAUUGGGCAAGACCUUGAGUGUUGGAAAUAAAUGAUAAAGCUCAAAGAACAGUUGACUUUCAAAAACA